AUGCCUCGCUUCAAAGGGAGAUCUAUCAACGCUUGUCAUUACUGCCGCACCCAGAAAGUGAAGUGCAGUGGGGAGAGCGAACUUGCGCAACUCCGGCAGCCCGUUGGCGAUAAUCAGAGACGUGUGACUCAAGUUGGCUACCAGUUCACAACUCCCUCGAGCAUUGGCCUAGAAGGACAGGCAAUUCCAGAUCGGUUGAUUGAGAACUCUACAACGGAGCACUUUGUUCGCAAGCUCAAAGGCGUCUAUUCCACCCGGUCGCAAGACAUUUCGGGGGUUUCUCCAUUGUCAAACGGCUCAACUGCCGACCGAUCCAACUUUCAUGAUAAUGAUGACCGGUCUGCAACUUCAGAUUACACAUAUAUCCCCCUCGAUAAUGACAGUAACCAUGCCAAGGUCUUCGUCAAACUCCCGCCACACUCAUAUGCUCUUUAUCUGUUGGGCCAGUUUGAAUCUUUCAUGGGGUCGGAUUAUCAUUGGUAUAAAAAGAAGUGUUUCCGUGCCAAAAUCGAAGCCACCUAUGAUUCGUCACAGUCACAGGCAGUCGAUCGAAUAUGGCUUUGCUGUUUCUCGGUUGUUUUGGCUCUCGGGGAGUCAUACAACGACGGCGUUGCGCCUUCAUUUUUCAUCGGUGAUAAGUCAGGAUUAACAGCGGAUAACCCCUAUGAUGGGGAUUCGCGACAGAUUACACCCCCGGGAAUUGAAUUUUUCAAACAAGCAUUACUUUUGCUUCGGCCGUCUUACGAGGAACCGACAAUCGAACAAGUCGAAGCUCUCAACCUCAUUACAUUCUACUGCUAUUCACUUAACCGGAGAAAGACAGCAUAUGCCUAUGCCGGAAUGGCUCUACGACUAGCGAACCUCCUGGGGAUUCCAAAUUCAUUGGUGGCACAUAGCCCACUUGAGAAAGAACACCACAAGCGAAUUUGGUGGACGGCAGUUUGCAUGGAUAUAAUGACUUGUACCGAGCUGUCAUUAGCACCAUCCCAGGUGCUGUAUGACGAUACUAGUGCAACUGCAGAUUGCAUAGAAUUGUCUUCUGGCGAGACCGAAGAAUUUUCAGAUCCUCGGUAUCUUACUGCGCAAGUUAAGCUUGUUCGUAUCAAGUACCAUAUAACAAGGACUAUCUCCGAGCUUCGAUACGGGAAUUCCUUGGAGGCACAUGCACUGAUUGAGCCCUGUCUCCAAGCCCUGAGGAAUUGGAAGGCACAGUUCUCACUAAGCCUGGAGUUCAAGGAAGAUGGUACAUUUUCCGAGAAUACGCUUUCUAAUCCCCCUAUGCGUACGAUUGCGUCACUACUCCUACGCUAUAACCAGGUAUGA